AUGGCCCAGUCCACCGCCCACCGCCGUCUCCUCCAGGAGUACCGCGCCCUGACGAACAACCCGCCCGAGGGCAUCACCGCCGGCCCCGUCUCCGAGGACGACCUCCUGCACUGGGAGGCGCUGAUCCAGGGCCCCGAGGGCACCCCCUUCGAGGGCGGCGUCUUCCCCGCCGAGCUCAAGUUCCCCAAGGACUACCCCCUCGCCCCGCCCACCAUGAAGUUCCUCGUCGACAUUUGGCACCCCAACAUCUACCCCAGCGGCCUCGUCUGCAUCUCCAUCCUCCACCCGCCCGGCGACGACCCCAACCACUACGAGCACGCCUCGGAGCGCUGGUCCCCCAUCCAGUCCGUCGAGAAGAUCCUCAUCUCCGUCAUGAGCAUGCUCGCCGAGCCCAACGACGAGAGCCCCGCCAACGUCGAGGCCGCCAAGAUGUGGCGCGAGUGCCGCGCCGAUUACGAGCACAAGGUCCGCGACGGCGUCCGGCGGUCUCUGGGUCUGUAG